AUGCUUACUCAUAGUGGUGAGGCUUAUGAUGAAGAAGAAUCUGCUGCAAGAGCAUAUGAUUUGGCUGCACUUAAAUAUUGGGGAGCAUCAACUUUCACCAAUUUUCAGGUAUCCGAUUAUGAGAAAGAGAUAGAAAUAAUGAAUACUAUGACCAAAGAGGAGUAUUUGGCCACAUUAAGAAGGCAUCAUCAUAAUGGUAGAUGGGAAGCAAGAAUAGGAAGAGUGUUUGGAAACAAAUAUCUCUAUCUUGGAACCUAUAGUACACAAGACGAAGUUGCAAGAGCUUACGACAUAGCUGCAAUUGAGUAUAGAGGAAUCCAUGCUGUAACAAACUUUGAAUUAAGCAGUUACAUAAAAUGGUUAAAGCCAGAAAGCACCACAGAACCAAACCAUGAAUCACUAGCACUGCAAAAAGAGUCUCAAACAAUAGCAUCGGUGAAUAACUCGACUCUAUUACAAGAAUCAAAGUUAUUAGCCCUUCAAAAGAGCUUUUUCAUUCAAGAUUAUAAUCUGAAUUCCAUUGAAAUCCAAGAAUCAUCAUUUGAGAACAAGAACUACAGUUUCUUGAGCAACAAGUCAACUUCUCCCACCGCGCUUAGUCUUCUCCUUCGAUCUUCGUUGUUUAAGGAUUUGCUUGAAAAGAAUUCAAAUGUAUCUAAGGAUGAAGUCGCGAAAGGGCAACAAAUAGCUAGUGAUGAUGAACUUGGAGAAAUCUUCUACGAGGGUAUUGGCAAUAUCUCAUUUGACUUUGAUCCCAAUCGAUGCAGCAUAAAAUUGCAAGAAAGAGACUUACAGUCAAUAUUCUAUACAUAGGUUGUCUUGUUUAAAUCUCUACUGCUUUGAUAAUAAUCAUAGUUGUAACAAGAACAAGCUUCAUGCUAGAAUGUGUUUGUGGGAA